GCUGCUCCAACUACAACCACAGCACCUCCAACUACAACCACAGCAGCACCAACUACAACCACAGCAGCUCCAACCACAACCACAACUGCUGCAACCACAACCACAGCUGCUCCUACUACAACCACAGCUGCUCCAACUACAACCACAGCACCUCCAAUUACAACCACAGCAGCUCCAACCACAACCACAACUGCUGCAACCACAACCACAGCUGCUCCUACUACAACCACAGCAGCUCCAACUACAACCACAGCAGCUCAAACCACAACCACAACUGCUGCAACCACAACCACAGCAGCUCCAACUACAACCACAGCUGCUCCAACUACAACCACAGCACCUCCAACUACAACCACAGCAGCUCAAACCACAACCACAACUGCUGCAACCACAACCACAGCUGCUCCUACUACAACCACAACAGCUCCAACUACAACCACAGCUGCUCCUACUACAACCACAGCUGCUCCAACUACAACCACAGCAGCUCCAACUACAACCACAUCAGCUCCAACUACAACCACAGUAGCUCCAACUACAACCACAGCAGCGCCAACUACAACCACAACAGCUCCAACUACAACCACAGCACCUCAAACUACAACCACAGCAGCUCCAACUACAACCACAGCAGUGCCAACCACAACCACAACUGUUGCAACCACAACCACAGCUGCUCCUACUACAACCACAACUGCUCCAACUACAACCACAGAAGCUCCAACUACAACCACAACUGCUCCAACUACAACCACAGCAGCUCCAACUACAACCACAGCUCCUCCAACUACAACCACAGCAGCUCCAACUACAACCACAGCUGCUCCUACUACAACCACAACUGCUCCAACUACAACCACAGCAGCUCCAACUACAACCACAGCUCCUCCAACUACAACCACAGCAGCUCCAACUACAACCACAGCUGCUCCUACUACAACCACAGCAGCUCCAACUACAACCACAACUGCUCCCACUACAACCACAGCAGCUCCAACAACAACCACAGCUGCUCCAACUACACCCACAACUGCUCCUACUACAACCACAUCUGCUCCUACUACAACCACAGCAGCUCCAACUACAACCACAACUGCUCCUACUACAACC